AAGCGAGUCGUCGACCGACGGUGGACGGCAAACAACGACGGUCCUGCUCUUGCCGAGAGACUCGUCGUAUGGUAGUUUAUGCGAAAUGGCACAUGCAAUCGGGUGUGAAUACUAGUAAACGUUAGCUUUUCGCUACUGCGCGUCGCCCGCCGUUGACCUCGUUGAGGUAUUAGCAAUGUUGGACAAACAGCAUAUAUGCCAACCCUCUUGCUUCAGCGUAAUAUACCGGUACUGUUGGCACCUGCCCCAUCUGUCGUCUGUCGUGACUGUCGACUGCACGAGAUCAGAGCCCUGGUCUGGCAUGUAAGUCAGCGAUGGCUUUUGGCAUCUAACCAACCCACAUAGCCUUAAUAUGGAUAUAUUGUCUGUUAAUCCAAAGUGCAGCUGCAUUAAGUUCUAAAUACAUUACCACCUCCUGGUCAUACUGCGCAGGACGUAGACGGAUAUCCCGUCAAUAGCCCAUUUGACAUUGUUAAUUGUCAUUGUGUACUGCUUAGAUCGGGAAGUGUCGUUUGGGUCCUUCGGGUUGCAAGCAAGCUUGACUGCUAGAUAGCACAAGCCCAUGUUGAACAACCAUCAGGUACAAACUGCCGCGCUUUCUACUUUCUACUGCUUCUAUAUAAGAUGACUGCGACAAGCGAGCUUAGGGGUUCAUCGUUGUGCUUUCAGGAGGGCAUACGAAACCAGCUGGCGUCGUAACCCUACAAGGCCCUGCUAGUCGGUAUAAAGCGACUUACAGCGCGGACAUUGGCGCGCUUCAUGCUUGGAAGCCGCCCCGUUGGGGCGCUAUCGCGGCACCCAGAUAGACGGCAUGAUGCGCUGAAGCUCAAUCGCGUCACAGAGAAAGCCGGUAGAUUGGACACUGGUCACUCCAGCGAAGACUCUAUAGUUUGUCGUCGCGGCAGCGACUACGUGGGGAGCACAUGCUGUGCACGUGCCCUCAAAGCCAACCUGUCCAUCGGGCGCGGUCAGAGCUUAACCGCAGCUUGUCUGCCGAACCAACGGGUUUCACAUGUCAACUACUCCAGUACCGGCUCCGACCGCAGUUUAUUAGCUUGCAACGGGAGUCCCAUAACCAGCAAUGCUGCCGGAACCAUGGUUACAAGCUACGACGUGGACAGCAGACACGGAGCGGUAACUACCCCCUGCCGUGGUGGUUCUACUAGCUACCAGCAUACGUCCACCGCAGCUGCCACCACGCAUGCGGACGUCGGGGGCUUGCCAUUGGAACUAGAUGAGCCAGUGACAGCCACAACAGCAUCUGCGCGUCAGUGCCAGCCCCUUCACGUUGCACCCACAGUAAGACUGCUGGGCGAAGCAGGGUCGAAUGAAAUAAAGGCCGGGGCAGGUGCGGCAGCGACGGCAGCUGCCGUGUGUGGGUUACAACGGCGGAGGCAGCAGCAGGAGCGAGGCGAGCAGCUGCAGGGGCGCUGCUAUCCGGACGAGGAGCGGCAGCCACAUGCCUGCGGCACCGCUCCUGUGCCUAGCGCCGACUCGGCAUACUGGGGCUCGGCUGCUUCACGCGAUGAGGAAGUGGCAUCAGGAGCAGCAGCAGCAGAAGGGCUGCGGGCUUCAUCUAGCAACGGCGGAAAGUGGGAUUGUACCCACCAUCGCCGCUUCAAAUCCACCUCCACCGCAGCAGCGCAGCUCAAAGGGGCUCCCUCAAAACUUCCCUUCGCCAUGAUCGCCGUGGUGCUGCUGCUGCUGCUUGGGCUGCCUUACGGCCCCCUGGUACGGCCGGUGUACGGCAGUGACCUCACGGGGACGGACUUCCCGUUUGAGGGCUGCGUGCAGGACCAGCGCAACUCGCCGUACUAUGCAACCAUGUACAGCUAUCGGGAAAACCCCGUGACGAACACCUCGACAGUCUGCCUCCAGAUAAACGUGCUCAGCACGUGCACUCCGGGAAAAUACCGGUGUUGCAACACCGGGAUCAACAAGGUCAAGGUUUUCCCAGCCCUCAACUGCCGCGGGUCCGUAGCGAGCGCGGUCAUCAACGGCAAUUCCGUUAUGUCUUUUUACUGGGAGGAACACGAGGGCUUCGACAUCAUGAAGAUCACGCCGUUGCUGCAAUGGUUCGCAAACCCCAGCAAGGCAGACGGGGGCAUAGUUUGCAUCAACCUGAAGGAACCCUGCUGGCAGCUCGCCACAUUUUCGUAUAACAGCCAGCUCUUGGAGUAUGCGCUGUACGACAAAAAGGUCAACAACUACGAGUGCUGCCCCGUGGGUACGGUUAUCGUCCCAAGUGCCUCUGAGCCUAGCUUCCCGUCUUUCCCGCCGCCGAAGCGAGUGCCACCGUCGCCGCCGCCGCCGCAACCCCUGCCGCCACCACCCACACCCCCGCCAAAGAAAAAGCCUCCGCCGAAGCCUCCGUCGCCGCCGUCGCCGUCGCCGUCGCCACCACCCCAGCCACCGCCGCGGCGUCCUCCUUCCCCCAGGCCGCCGUCGCCAGCUCCACCACCAUCAAAAAAGAAGUCACCGCCGCCGGCACGGUCGCCGCCGCCGUCACCUCCACCGUCGCCGUCGCCGCCAACUCCGUCGCCGGCGGGCUGCGUCGUCACCGCCGCCGUACAACGCGACGCCGCCAACCUGGGUUUCAGCGACUCCACCUGCAGCCUCUUCGGCGCGCUGCUGCUGCUGCCGCUGUUUGAGGGCGCGACACCGCCGACAGCAUCAUACGACUGCAGUAUUUCAAGCCCGUCGUACAUGGUUAUGACGAUUUCGGGGCUGAUGGCGGCGGAUGUGGCUACGUUGUUUACAUCGUACAAGGCCGCGACGCAGCGCUCGAACGCGGUCGCGCUUUUGGGGCUAAACAACUGCGCCACGGAUUCGGUGGUGCUUGCGUCGGAUUGCGAGGCAACUGAAGCGCCGUUGGUCAUUGGCUGCGAAAGCCCGCCGCCGCCGCCAACCACAUCAUCCCCGCCACCUAAGCCAAAGUCGCCUCCGCCAUCCCCGGUGCCACCGUCACCGCCGCCGCCUCGCCUAUCGCCACCACCAUCCCCACCCCCUCCGCCUCCGCCGCGCCCGCCGCCACCACCAUCGCCGCGUCCGACGCCGCCGUCAACCACAGACCGCAAGCCGCCGCCGCCGCCACAAUCGCCGCCGCCGCCACCUUCACCCACCCCUCCCCGCAUCUUCGUAUACGAAAACUCCGCCUACCUCCUGUUUUACUCGCCCAGUAACUUCACGAGCGCCGAGGCCACUUGUGCCGCCCUGGGCAGCCACCUGACAGCCAUCAACACUGCCGAUGAAAACGCAUUCCUCAUCAGCAGCAUCCUGGACGACAUGCCCCCGUCCAGCUCCGUCAACGUCUGGUUUGGCUUGUUCAUUCUUACCAGCCAAACGUCGGCUAUUCCCGGGUACAACACUGACGGCACGCGGGUGUCGUACAUACCGACUAGCAACUUCCAGUACGACUCCACGAGGUCUGCCGUACGGUACUACAUGCUGUCCUGCAGUACUGCUAGCGGAACGUGCGCCUGGCAGUACAGUCCUAGCGGCGCGGCGGAUAUCCAGCCCGCCUACCUAUGCGAGUUUACGACUGAAUUCUAACCAAGCAAGGCGAUUCAGGGAAUAGCCCGGGAGUCUGCUGCUGGCGCGGCAGUUGCGCUUAUCCAAGUACGCACGCACGCCGUGAUGCUGUCGUGGCGUGUGGGAUUGCGUGGGAUGCCGGGAAUGAAGAUUCCAACUUAUCAGUUACAGUUAAGUUACGUGCGUGCGUGCGUUUGCCGUGUCCGUAUUAGCCAGGGGGCCAAGGACCCGUUUGGAGAAUGCGUACUCACAGAAUGCAUUUGAGUUUAUGCGUUUAAGGAGAAGAGAAAGUGACCUGCCCAUAGGAGGGCUCUGGGGUCCGGCGGACGUGCACCGUUCUGGAAACAGGACUCACGAUUGCGAUCCCUCUUGCUUGGAUUCCUGAUGAAUGCCAGUCAGCAAUGGCGGCCUGCCGUAAAUAGACGUUGCAAAAUGGAAGCUGACUGCAAGCAUGCCUGUUAGGGCAUGUGACGAUGUGAGUGGAUUAUAUCAAUGCCAUGCCGGUUGCUUGCUGGUCGUGUCUGUUGCCUUCAAGUGGACGAUGAAUGCUGAUCAUUAUUGUUUAUUGCUAUUGUUGUUCUUUGUGGCUUGUGUGUUUUUCACGUGUAUAUAAAAUGAACCGUACAGAGGCUGUGGCUUUCUAGGAUUCUAGGAAACUGUGCUAUGUAGAGAGAGGUACGGGGGCGCGGGUGGUUGUGUUUAUAAUUGUCAGCAAUGCCAUGCGUCCUCGCCUGCAUGUAUGCUCUGGACUGAAGAGCAACGAAGAUAGGGAAUGGCAGCGGGUGUGGAGGUUAGGGCAGCCCAUGGGUCGGGGGACUUCUAUACCGUACCUUCACGAUAUCAUCGCGCAAAAAUAAAUAAUUAUUUCGGAAAAUGUGCAGUUUCGCGCAAAAUUAAAUAAUUGCUGAAAGGGGUGCGCGAAACUGGGGAAACCUCUCAGGACCCUUCCCCGCACCCCCAACAUGCCCCAGCACCCCGUCAGCUCCGCUGCCCAGCCCCGGGCUGCAUGCUAGUAUGCCCCAUGGAAUACAUAGCGGUAUUUGUAAAGCUGUCUUGAGGAUCUGGGCUUACAUGGAUGGGUUCUUACAGUCAAAAUAUGUGGUGGACAUGAGCUGCGCAAAGCUGAAAAAUAAUUCCUGACACCCCUGCGCGAGCUUGAAAAAUAAUUCCAUCUAAUGGGGCUGCGCGAUGAUCACCCGAAGGUACGGUAAUUGCAUGACGGUCUGCCGAACUCUGGCUUUUGGCUUGGAUACUGUUCUUGACAGCACUUAUACAGCACCAGCUUUAAACCUGAGGAGAGAGAAGCAACGUGGUUCUGUUCCAUCCUGCUUCUGAGGUUUGCUUUUGCAUUUAUGGAGCUAUGUCAAGCUAGUUCCCGUUUGAGACGGUGUGCUGCACGGCGGGGAGCCGCUUCAGUUUGACAGUGCUCGGAAGGACCCUGAGGAACUUCGGGAACUUCCCCUGCCCGCCAUACCCAAGUUUAGUUGUAUGCCAUUAUGCAACCUGUAAGGCCAGGUAGAAUGUCUGAUACUGCGUAUGGAUUUGCAUGCCCACGCCCCUGGCUUCGCAACAGCACCUUGGGAAGAUGGGA